AGGUGGGUGGAAAACAUCGUCAUUUUGUUUUUCCGCCAAAACCUACAGCGAUUCAUCAUUCAAUCCUGAAUGCUCUCUACGCUUUCAAUUAAAAUAUUGAUCAUAUAUCAUCAUCUCUUCCUCUAAACUCGCCGUCGUUUAAGCUUUCCGGCGGACUUCUCCGGUUGCAGGUGACAUCUAUUGGCAAUGCCUUCGUCUAUGUUUUCUAUGCGUGCCUCCCAUGGCACCACGUUAGCUCCUGAACAAAGCACGAUCUUCCGUGAUUCAAUGUACAAUAAGCCAAAUUUCUUCUAUAAGCAUCUACUUUGUUUCAAGAGGAGUUGCGUAUCAUCUAACCUGGCACACUCGAGUGUGUCCCAGAAGGAUAUAAUCCAAUGUAGGGCGGUAGAGGUGGCAAGUAACCGUACCUUUUUAAAGGGAGAAAAAUUUCAACUUCAUGAUGUGAUUGAAGCACAACAAUUUGAUAGAGAUAUUCUGAGCGCGAUUUUUGAAGUGGCCCGUGAAAUGGAAAUAAUCGAGAAGAAGUCACGUGGAAGCCAGCUUUUGAAUGGUUAUCUAAUGGCUACACUCUUUUACGAGCCUUCAACUAGGACUAGGCUUUCAUUUGAGUCAGCAAUGAAGCGGUUGGGUGGGGAAGUUUUGACAACAGAAAAUGCACGAGAGUUCUCUUCUGCUGCAAAAGGAGAGACACUUGAAGAUACAAUUAGAACGGUGGAAGGGUACACAGACAUAAUUGUGAUGAGGCACUUUGAAAGUGGUGCUGCUAGAAGAGCAGCCAUGACAGCUAACAUUCCCAUUAUUAAUGCUGGGGAUGGUCCAGGGGAGCAUCCUACUCAGGCUCUUCUCGAUGUAUACACUAUUGAGAGAGAGAUAGGAAAGUUGGAUGGCAUUAAAGUUGGACUUGUUGGGGAUCUUGCUAACGGCCGAACUGUACGGUCUCUUGCAUAUCUUUUAGCCAAAUAUAAUGAUGUGAAGGUCUACUUUGUGUCACCAGAGGUUGUCAAGAUGAAGGAGGACAUUAAAGAGUACUUAACAUCGAAGGGAGUUGAAUGGGAAGAAAGUGCAGAUCUAAAAGAGGUGGCAUCCAAAUGCGAUGUGGUGUACCAGACUCGCAUCCAAAAAGAACGUUUUGGAGAGAGAACUGAUCUGUAUGAGGAAGCUUGCGGGAAGUACAUUGUGGAUCGAGAAAUCUUGGAUGUCAUGCAGAAACAUGCUGUCGUCAUGCAUCCUCUCCCAAGGCUAGAUGAGAUAACCGUGGAUGUAGAUGGGGAUCCGAGGGCAGCCUACUUUAGACAAGCGAAAAACGGACUGUACAUUAGGAUGGCUUUGUUGAAGCUCUUGCUUCUUGGUUGGUGAAGAUGGCUUGGGCUUAAACUACAAGAUGAAAAAGUAAGUGAGACUUGUUUCAAAAUCUUGGAACAAGUGGGCAUAUAACCAGGAAUGCCCACAUGUUUCCAACACUCUUUUGCUUACCUUCUCUGUUGUGUUUUGUGGAAUAAAUGUGGGAACGGAUGCUCGCUUACAUAUCGCUUGUAGCGGCAUGUUAUAAAAAGCAUUUGCUUCAUGUUUUUUGAAA